AUCGUCACUGCAAACAGCUAUGCUGCAACGAUGCGAAGACAGUGAGAACCACGGCAAUUUAUAGCGCAGUGCGGUGUUGUCGUGACUGCCGUUGGGUCGGCGUUUCGUACCUUCGGCGUUACGUGACUCGGCGUUUUGCUGUCUUGGACCCCAGUUCCUUCGCCAAACGCGACCUGACCUUCACCGGGAUCCAAUUCAUCGGCAACACUGAACAACUGACCGACCUGAACACAUCACUGGCUCAAUUGUCUACCACGAAAUGGCGCGACGAAUUGCCCCGCAAAACCGCCUUGCUUGUGACCGCUGCCAUUCACAGAAGCUGCGAUGCCAGCGGCCUGACCGCCAAAGCGCGGGCUGUGUGCGCUGCACGCGAUUGAACUUUACCUGUGUCUUCAGCCCUCGCCAGCGUCGGAGGUCAAGCAGGCCCAAAUCCCCAGUUUCGCCAUCACAGUCGGCCGAGCCAGUCGAAUCAGUGCCAGAAAACACGGGCGGCCAAGAUUUCCGCUUCUGCCCCGAAUCCUUGGGCAACGAUGCUGCCCUGCCCUUCCAAUGUCUGGAUGUGACAGCCCAAGAAAUCGCGUGCCCAUUCUCAACGGAUAACACCACCGGCACUAGUAUUGGCGACGGCAGCGUCUUGCUCGGUUGGCCAGUAUUCCAUAAUCUUGAGGUACCACUCGGUUUCGGCGAUGUCGGUCAGGGGUGGGAUGUCCUGGGGAACACAGCAACUUCGUCUCCCGAGAGCUCCGGGUCUCUGCUUGAGCUCCCAGGCACUGCCUCCACCUUCAUCCCCGGCCCCAGCAGCAACAGUAACACAACGCCAACCACAGACCGGUCCCAGUACAUCCGCCAACUAGCCGACCUCCACGUCCAACUGUACGAGCACCUCCAGCUCAUUCCCCCGAGGUCAUACUGCCCGCCAGGUCAGGGCCCGGCAUCGGCAUCCGCGUCUGGAUUCCCGCCCGCAUCCGCCAAAACGCCCUACAAAUUCCCAAUAGACACCACCUUCCGCCUGACUCAGACCCUGAUCGACCUCAUCCCACAUCUUAUCAGCACCAGCGCCAGCACCACCAGCCCACCCCAACAUGGCCAUGACCACAACCCUCCCCCAUCAUGCGGAGAACUUGAAGAACAUGAAGACAAAGCCACCACCCUUCUGAUCCUCUCAUGCGCCAACCGCGUGCUCGACAUUCACUCGCUCAUCUUCACCCACAUGCGCGCCUGCAUCACCACUCUGACCAUGAACCCGAACCCGCAACCACAACUUCAAUCGCUGGGCGCCGCCGUUCUCCUGCCACCGCUUCGCAUCGGGAGUUUUGCCCCGCCCACCGAGGUCGCGAUGGCCGGGUACAUGUUUAUGGUGAUUCUCAUGGCCGGGGGGUUGUUUGAGCGGUUAAGGAGUGUUUUGGGUGCGUUCGAGUACGGGCGUGUGCAUGGGCAUGGGGAUGUGCCGGGAAGGGAGGGUCAAGGAGAACAUGGCGAGGGGGUGGGGGUUGAGGAUCAACAUGGGCAUGGGCAUGGGCAUGGAGAGAACUCGCAGGCUUGGUCUUUCGAAUCCCAAUCUCAGUCAUUGGGGAAGGGCAGCGGCGGCCGUGGUGAUUAUGCCGAGCUGGCGAGGGCAGAGGUGCAGCGCCGGGUUGGUGUCGUGGCGGGGGAGAUUGGCCUGGCAAGGAAGGCGUUUUUGGAUAUGCCCUCGCUCCGGAAGGGCACGGGAGAGGUGUUGGCCAUGUUCAUGGCUGCCUGGGCGGACGGAUGACAGCCUGACUUGGGGAAUUGGAUAUGGGAUGUUCCUUGUUUGUUUUCCUUUUCACCUGCCUACUUACCUAUGGGGCACUUAUAAUUCGAGGCGCCGCGCCUGUUGGAGAACAAGGAUUCUAUUCAUUCUAUUGUUGACCGAGUCAUGUCUCUAAACAGGCCCGCGAAACGUGGGACUCACCCAAUCUUGCCCCCUUCCCGGAACCGGUGGUUGCGGCUCCCGGGACUGCCCGCUCUCCGGCUGAGAUCUACCGUUGAGAUACCCGUCGAA